AUGAGAAGUAAGGAAGCUGAUAAUGUCAUGAAUAAUAUUUGUGAAACGUCUACACAACUAUCAACAAUUAAUGCAGAUCCAAACAACAAAUCAUAUCCCAACUUAAAGAUUAGAAAAUUUGUCAAUGAUGUCCCAUAUGAAGCUUCUUCUACUUUGAAAUUAAUCCCAAUAUGUGUACAUUGCAAAGCAAAAAGAUAUCCUCAUGAGACAACUGAAUUUUGUUGUGCUAAUGGAAAGAUUCGAUUAGCCAAAACCAAUGUUCAUGAAAAGCUUCGUGAUUUGUUAACAAGUAACACAUAUGAAUCUACUCAAUUUAGGACAUAUAUUCGCACUUACAACAACAAGUUUGCAUUUACAUCAUUUGGAGUUAAAGUUGAUAAAGAUCUUUGUCGAAGGAAUAAAGGAAUCUACACUUUCAGAAGUCAAGGACAAAUAUAUCACUACAUUAAUGAUUUGCUUCCCUCAAAUGGCCAUCCGUCUAAGCUACAAUUAUAUUUCUAUGACACAGAUCAUGAAUUAGAAAAUUAUCUUUCAGAUUCAAAAAUAAUGGUUCCAUCAGUUGUUGCUGAACUAAUAGAAAUUCUCCAAAUCAAUCCAUAUUCUUCAUUUUUCAGAUCACUAGGUGAUUUGGAACAUCUUGAAAACCAAAAAAUAAUUAUACGAACAGAUAUUGGACUAUAUCAACUCGUUUACAAUGCCCCAACGUCUUCACAAGUUGCAGCAAUAUGGACAGAAAAUGAUGAUGGUGAAGAACUAAUUGGUCGUGACAUUUUUGUAUAUAAUCAUUCUGGUUUAAGUCAUAAAGUGCAAUACUAUUACGGUUGUUAUAAUCCACUACAAUAUCCAUUGUUGUUUCCCUAUGGAGAUAUUGGAUGGCAUGAAGACAUUAAAAGGAAUAGUGGAGGUUGCAAUUCUACAUAUAAUGAAAUAAAUCAAUCUGUAAACCCUGACCAAUCAACCAAUGCAGAUGAAUUAAUUGCAAGAGAAGAAAGAGGGGAAGUAGUUUCAUGCCGUGAAUAUUACUGUUACAAACUACAGAUUCGAGAAAAUGACAAUUCAAUCUUACUUAAGUUUGGAAGACUAUUACAACAAUAUGUUGUUGAUAUGUAUGUUAAAAUUGAAACGUCAAGAUUGGAUUAUUAUCGACGCUACCAAGAAGAAUUUCGGCAUGAGAUAUAUCGAGGUAUUGUCGAUACAUUUACUCUCGGAGAAAGAAAUGCUUCUAAUAUUGGAAAACGUAUGAUUCUCCCAUCAUCAUUUAUUGGAGGUCCGAGGGACAUGAGAAAACGAUACAUGGAAGCAAUGGCUUUAGUUCAACAUUAUGGAAAACUUGAUAUUUUCUUAACAAUGACAUGCAAUCCAAAUUGGCCAGAAAUUAUUAAUGAACUAGAAGAACAUGAAGAGAGUCAAAAUAGACCUGACUUGGUUUCUCGAGUUUUUCAUUCAAAAUUAGAAGAAAUGAAAGAUGAAUUAUUUAAGAGAAAAAUAUUCGGUGAAGUUUCAGCUUAUGUUUACGUCAUUGAGCACCAAAAAAGUGGUCUUCCACAUGCCCACUUCUUAAUUAUCUUACAAAGAGACUACAAAUUAUAUGCACCAGAAUCUUUUGAUGAAAUUGUUUCAGCAGAAAUACCCGAUAAAAACACAAACCCCCAUCUUUAUAAAACCGUUGUGAAGCAUAUGAUGCACGGACCAUGUAGUGAUUGCUUUCCUAUCUAUAAGCGUCCACAUAAUGGGGUAUAUGUUAAAGUAAGAGGAAGCAAAUUAGACAAUCGUUGGGUUGUUCCAUAUAAUCCAUAUUUACUAGCAAAAUUUGAUUGUCACAUUAAUGUCAAAAUUUGCUCAACGAUAAAAGCAGUCAAAUAUCUCUACAAGUACAUUUACAAAGGUCAUGAUCGGGUUACUUUUAACUUGACUUCGGAAGAAAGUAUUAAUGAAGUAGAUGAAAUCAAACAAUAUCAGUGUGGUAGAUGGAUCACCCCUCCAGAAGCUAUGUGGAGAAUAUAUGGAUUUAUUAUAAAUGAAAUGUAUCCAUCAGUAUAUAGCUUACAUUUACAUCUUGAAGAUCAACAAUCAGUCACUUUCCAUGGAAAUGGAGAUCUAAAUAAUAUUUUAAAUUCAGACCGUUAUCAAAAAUCUAUGCUUACAGAAUUCUUUGCCACCAAUAAAGUAGAUGAAAAUGCAAAAAAACUACUAUACAAAGAAUUUCCACAACAUUACGUAUGGGACAAUCAACACAAACAAUGGACUCCACGGAAAAAGAAAAAAGUAAUAGGACGAAUUGUUACAGCAAAUCCCCUUGAAGGUGAAAGAUAUUAUCUCCGAUUACUACUAAGCCAUGUAAGAGGACCUACAUCCUUCGAAGAUCUAAGACAUAUUGAUGGAAUAGUAGCUCCAACAUUUCGUGAUGCAGCAACAAUGCGUGGUCUUCUCCAAACAGAUAAUACCUAA